AUGUUUCAACCCUGGCUUUGUUUUGGUGCGAGGGUUUCGCAUCCAUCCGCGGUUCAAUAUCUCCACGCGCCACGCGCGCCACGAGAGAACCGAAGGCCCGGGACCCUCCGGUCUUGGCUGGGCCUGGGCUCUUCAGCCCAUGCCAAAGACCCGCUGGAGGAGUACCUCAAAGCAUGCGGGGGCAAGAAGGCGGUACGACGGAUCUUGGUGGCGAGCAACGGUAUGGCUGCGGCCAAGGUGAUGAUGUCGAUGCGCCAAUGGGCCCACAUGGAGGCUGGCUUGGGCUCCAGCGGAAUCCUGGAGUUUGUGUCCAUGGCCACGCGAGAGGACUUGGACGCCAACGCCGAGUUCAUCCGACUGGCCGACAAGCACGUGGAGGUCCCCGCGGGGAAGAACGCGCCUUGGAAGCCUUCUUGGAGGCGGCCAAGGGUUUUGUUGCUACCCGCUUUAACCCCCCCUCGUUUUUUUUUUCUUUUUCGGAGGGUUUGA